AUGUCCGCUGCUGUACGAGCAGCUAGGACCUCGAACGCUCGUAUUCUAUCUUCUUUAAAACCGUCUCCAAAUGUUGUCGUCGUUGGUGGUACAUCGGGUAUUGGUCGAGGAAUAGCCCUAUCAAUAGCUCAACAUUGUCCAUCGGCCAAUAUUACCAUUGUCGGACGGAAUGAAUCUGCUGCCAAUGCUAUACUGUCGCAAUUGGGUUCGAAUCCAAAAUUUAUUCGUGCUGAUGUAUCACUUAUGUCUGAAAUUCGAGCCGCUACAAAGAAAAUUAGUGCAGUUGACAUGUUAAUAUUAACACAAGGCAUAUUGACAAUGGCCGGUCGUACACCAACAACGGAAAAUAUUGAUAAUAAAUUGGCUUUACAUUAUUACGGUCGAGUUUUAUUCGUUCAAGAACUUCUUCCACUACUUCGAUCAUCACAAAAUGGUAGUAAAGUUCUAUUCGUAUUGGACGGUGUCAAUGGUAAUCCAUCUAAAAUCAAUUGGAAUGAUAUGGCACUCGAAAAUACCUAUUCACUUUCUUCAGCUGCCAAUCAUGCAUUAUCAUUUACUGAUCUUGUUAUACACUAUUUGGCUUCACAACAAGAAAAUACGAAUAUAACAUUUACGCACGCAUUUCCCGGUGUUGUUCGUACACCAAUUGCUGAUAAUUUACCAUUUUGGGCUCGACUACCAAUAAAAUGUGGCUUAGCACUUGGUUUAGGUGUUAGCCCAGAAGAUUGUGCCGAAUUUAUGAUAUAUGGAAUGCUCGGAACGGAUAAAGGCUCGAGAUGUAUCAAUGAUAAGGGCGAAACGGUAACAAAGAAGAGUCCAAUACAAGAGGAAAUGGUAGCAAAAGUUUGGGAACAUACAUCUCACAUGAUUACUUUGAAAUAG